GGCGGAAGUGACGCAUGAGGCUAGUGACAGGAGGAUUUUCAACAUGGCAGCCCCCGGGAAGAAGAAGCUGGUGCAGCAAGAAGAACUAAGACGGUUAAUGAAAGCCAAGCAGCGGGAGAGCUCGGCAAAGAAACGAAUAGAGUCUCCCCUGGCAAAAUACAACAGCCUUGGCCAUUUGUCAUGUGUAGUUUGUAAUGUACAGAUUAAAAGCGAGUUGCUGUGGCAAGCACACAUCCUUGGGAAACCGCACAAAGAGAAAGUUGCAGCACUCAAAGGCACAACGCCAAACACCAGCUCUUCUUCUGUCACUGCACAACUUACUCAACCUAGCAAAAGGAAAGGACCAAAUCCAGAGAGAGAAGACUUUAAACGGGUGAAAGAUUCAGAAGAGCAGUCUCCAGCGGCAUCUACAAAGCUUCCAGCAGGAUUUUUUGAAACAGAGCAAUCCUCUUCGAAACCAAUUAAUGUGAAGGCCCCAGGCUUGAAAUUACUGACAGGUGAAUAUGAUGAUGAUGACGAUGGAGGGGAAGCAGAAAAUGAUGUGCCGCUCUCUGUACAGAAACCAACAGAAAUCCCACUACCUCCACCAACCACAAGCACGGACAGUUUACCAGCAGAUUUCUUUGACAGUAAAACCCCAGUGUUGUCUCAUUCUGGAUCCAUCCUGAAGGCAGACAUACAAGAAAAGACACUUGAAAGGAAGGAGAAUACAGCCGAAGCAUUACCAGAGGGAUUUUUUGAUGACCCAGAAGUAGAUGCAAAGGUACGAAAAGUCGAUGCUCCUAAAGAUCAGAUGGAUAAAGAAUGGGAAGAGUUUCAGAAAGAAAUGCGCCAAGUUAAUACGGUUUCUGAAGCAAUUGUAGCAGAAGAGGAUGAGGAAGGCAGGUUGGAUCGGCAGAUUGAUGAAAUUGAUGAACAAAUUGAAUGUUAUCGCCGUAUCGAGCAUCUGCGGAACCGGAAGGAUGUCAUAAAGGAUGUUAUGAACACAAAUGCCAGUAAAAAUAAAGGCAUGGGUGAGGUUGGAAGCGAUGAUGAGGAAAUGCUGUCAACAAUACUUGCUCAGGACUGGCGUGAAAAAGGGACCUUCCUUUAGGCCUUUUAAAUACACUCUGUGUGACUAUUGACAGAUUCAAUAAACUUAUCACACAUUAUAAAUAAACUUGCUUCUGCUUGGAGAGUAAAUGGCAGUAAAUUUAAAUUCCAAGCUAGUAUAGCAACUUAUCUUGCUAAGUGAAAAUAGCGCUAAUAUUGUUUUUCACUGUCGAUUCAUCUGAACAGUGUUCAUCGGUCUUAUUCAAGAGCAUCUGAAGACAUACAUUUGGCAGCCACUUACAAAACAACUUCAGUAUAUAAAAUUAGAAACAAUGGCGUUUAGAAUGUUUCUCUCCUAUGUGCUAUUGGACAUUCAUGUUUGGCCAGAGUUGCCAUGCUAUUACAAACAUAUAGUAAGUAUGGUAAUAUUUUCUUCUUUAUGUGACUCCCUUUUUGUCCCAUUAAAGUUUGUAAUAUUUUUGUACACCUUGCUAAUUUUCAGACCAUGUAUGUAUUUACAAUACGAUUUUAUGUUGGUUUUUUUUUGUGCAAAA